GCGCUCGCGCAUCUGCGAAUUAAUACUGUAGCAUAAAGAGCGAUAUCGCGCGCCGGCAUGACGAGCUGCGCCGAGAGAAGCGCGCCGGUCGCGCGGGUCUUCAGAGGCACCUUCAUGCACUCGAGCGGCAGCGCCCCGCUCCACAUCCUGGAGGACGCGCUCUUGGGGGUGAACGAGCAGGGCAAGAUUUCGUUUGUUGGAGCUGCUCAUGAAGUGGAUUGCUUGUCCAAAACAUGGGGCUUCAGCUCCUCACAAAUAAAGGAACUUGGUCCACAGGAGUUCUUCAUGCCCGGCCUGAUCGACACACACAUCCAUGCGUCGCAGUACAGCUACACGGGCACCGCGCUGGACAUGCCACUGCUGCAGUGGCUCAACACCUACACCUUCCCCACGGAAGCAAACUACAAAGAUCUGAACUUCUCAAAGGACGUCUACACCAAAGUUGUGAAAAGAACUCUGAAAAACGGCACCACUACUGCGUGCUACUUUGCCACAAUACAUACAGAUUCCAGUCUUCUUCUUGCCGAAAUUGCUGAUAAGUUUGGUCAGCGGGCUCUGGUGGGCAAAGUCUGCAUGGAUGUGAACAAGGCUGUGAAGCAUUACAAAGAGACCCCAGAACAGUCCAAGAAAGAAACAAAUCGGUUCGUUCAUGAAUUGCUGAGAAGAAACUAUCCGUUGGUGAUGCCCAUUGUGACUCCACGCUUUGCCGUCUCAUGCUCCCCGCAACUGCUCAGCCACCUGGGAGAUAUCGCCAAGAACAACAACCUGCAUAUCCAGAGUCACAUAAGUGAGAACAAGGAAGAAGUGAAUCUGGUGAAGGAGCUGUUCCCCAGCUGCCAGUCAUACACAGAGGUGUACCGGAAGCAUAAUCUCCUCACUGACAAGACAGUGAUGGCCCAUGGUUGUCACCUCACGGAUUCAGAGCUGAAGCUUUUCAGAGAUGCGGGAGCUGCCAUCUCGCACUGUCCCAACUCCAACAUCUCGCUGUGCAGUGGAAUGCUGGAUGUCCGUAGGGUCCUGAAGAGCAAAGUGAAGCUGGGCCUGGGAACAGAUGUCGCUGGAGGGUAUUCGCCCUCCAUGCUCGAUGCCAUCAGGAGAGCCCUUGACACCUCGAAAGCUCUGAAAAUCAAGGACCCUCAGCAUGAGACACUCAGCUUUGAGGAGGUCUUCAGGCUGGCCACACUGGGGGGAAGUCAAGCCCUCUGCCUAGAAAAGAAAACUGGGAGUUUUGAGGUUGGGAAGGAUUUUGAUGCACUGCUGAUCAACCCUUUGGUUCAAGAUGGACCAUUUGAUGUGUUCCCUGAUGACAGCAUGAAGAUGAUCCUAGAGAAGUUCUUGAACUUGGGAGAUGACCGGAAUAUCAGGGAGGUCUACAUCUCAGGCAAAAGGGUGGUUCCAUUUCAGAAGUCUCUCUAGCAUCAACGUGCUCAAAAGUCAACUCUUUAAUUAUUCUCCUUGCACAUUUCUUGCAUUUACUUCUAUUUUCAAAUGUCUAAUGUAUGAAACGGUUAUUAAACAUUCAAAGGGAGUUGCUUGUCACUCGCGUGCAAAUGCAGAGAGUGCAUAAAACGGGUAACAGCAGAGGCUCUCAGUAUCUAGUCAACUAGCUGGGACAGCCGGUAGCGUAGAGGUUAGUGCCUUUGGCUCUAAAGGUGGCAGAUUCAAUCCCCACC